AUGUCUAAACAAGAAUACAAUCCACCAACUGGUGCUCCUCCAAGCUGGGCUCAGGGCAACGACGGUUACGUGCCACAAGCUCAACCAAGUUAUGCCCCACAAACACAAGAUAGAGGGUACAAUCAACAACCAGGAUACGGUGCUCCACCUCCACAAGGUUAUUAUCAACCACAACAGGGAUAUGCUCCUCAACAAGGCUAUGCACCACCACCCCAAGGGUACUAUCAACAGGCACCCCAACAACCCAUGUACGUCCAACAACAAACUAAAUCAGGCAAUGAAAGUUGUUUAAUGGCCUGUUUGGCAGCAUUAUGUAUUUGUUGUACCUUGGAUGCCAUCUUUUAA